AUGCGUCUCCACCUUGUUAUCUCGCGCCAUGGCCUGCCGGUCACGCGCAUUCUUUGGACGACGACUUCGUCUACUUCUAUGCUAGGCGAAUAUGGGACUCAGCGCCCGGCAUCAACCGCAGCUGUCGCAUCGUCUCGGACCCCGAACAUCGCCUUCUCGAACGGUGGAUAUACGGUCGCACAACUCCUCGAGGACGUGAAUGAAGUCGUUCCACUGGAAACUGAACCUAGUGUCUUUGAUGCGGAGUUUAGUGGCCAGUGGGGAUUGGAAGAUUAUGUUGUCGAAGUUGCUGGCUCGGAAUGCCUCCAUUUUAUGGAGGUCGAUGGCUUACUCCGAGACGGAGACGAAGUUGUUAUUCGCGCCCUUCAAUUAGCAGACCUGCGGACCAGAAGGCUGUGUGGUCGCCACCAAAUUACUGCCGAGGGCAAGCAUCUGAUCGACGGCGUACCUUUCGGGUCUCCAUUCCUGAAAAGAACUACCUCUACACGGCCUGCAAUUACUAUCCCACCAAGGAAGAAGCGGCGCACGGUCUUUUCCGGCUGGGAUCACGCUCCAGAGUUUGCGGCCGAGGAUGUACAUGCCGACGACGAAGGUGAUGGAGAGUGGCUUCCGCCUCCAAACACCGGGUUCGGAAAGGAGCUUUCGGUCGUACCCGCCGAGCACGACGAGUCCCUGGGCACGGUUAUUCGUCAUCCUGUUGACCACACCGCAGAAUCCGAUAGUGAAGCGGAUAUGUCUGAGAUGCCUAAAAUUGAGGAAAAUGAGUUGGAGAGCGAACUCCAAGCACUCAAAGAGGACUUUGAAGAACCUUCUCAAUUUGUUGAUAUCAGGAACCAGACUCGGAAUGCCGGUGGGCACCCACUACGUGCUACCUCGAUAGUCAAGCGACCAACUUCCAAGGGGUCACUUGCAGCUGCCUCGUCUCUUUCCAGCAAGCGGUCUCGCGCGGAAGACUCGUCUCCCAGGACCUCCAAGGCAGUGAGAUUCAACAAGGGAGAUGAGCAGGUGGAUGAGGAUAUGCCAGGUCUCCCACAACUUCCGCAAGCCCCACAGGUUGACGAAAGUUCUGCUGAAACUUCCCUUUCUGAUUCAUCGGAUUCAUCUGUGUCUUGUUCAGACAGCGAUUCUGAUGAUGAUUCUGAUGAUGCGUCUUCGAGCGAGGUGGAGCCUGCGGCGGAGGCACCUUCUGAUUCUGAUUCUGAUUCCGAUUCAUCAGACUCCGAUUCCGACGCGGAAGCCGCCCCGCCUGUCAAGAAGGUGCAACAACCGGUUUCUGUGAGCGCUCCUGGCGAAGGGUCCAUACGCACCAAAAAGAGCAACAACCGCAUCAAACUACGUCGCCGUCUAUCUAAGCUUAAGCAGGUAGGCGCUCUCCAUCAACAAGCAGGUUUCGAUGCAUUGCGGGCGUGGGAAGAGAGCCACGGAGGCUGGCAUACUCCGGAGCAAUAUCUUCCCUUUGAGCCAUUUGUGCAACCCCAACAACCUGUGGGACCGGAACAAGAAUCUACCGAAUAUUCCAUUAAGCAAAAGAGAGAAAAAAAGGAACAAGAGCAGAACGAGUUCGAAGCAAGGCGCGAGAAACUGCUACGCGAUCUUGCGUCGGGUAAUGGUGUUGAUGUGGACGAAACAUCGGAGAAGGAAAAUGUCCCCCCCGCUGUAUCCGCCGUCGGAGAGACCCCUGUUUCAGAAGAAGUGCCCGGUAAGGGUCAGCAGGAGCAGGGAACUUCGAACCGACGUACUCUGGACAUCGCCAGCUCACGACGCAUGCUGUUUGGAUCUCUAGGAAUGCGAACCCCAAAGACCAAGGAAGAUGAAGAAGAAACACGGAGGAAGCUCGCUGCCGAAGCUAGUGCAUGCGGGCGCCGCAACAAACCUUCUAAACGAGACGCCCAAGAAGAGGCCGAGCAGAUGCAAGAGGAUGAAGAUGCAUCCGACAUUGAUUGGCAAAACAAGCUUGUCGUUCGUGCUGUUGAGUGUCUCUAUCCCCAAGUUGAUAUAACCGCGCCUCCCUAUCCUUUUGUUCAACGCUGGGAUCAAGCAGCCAAUGCAUCGAUUCGUGAGCUCAAAGGCCCCAGCAAGAAGCGGAAGAGAAAGCAGCGUGUCCAGGUCUACGAAGGAUAUGAGGAGCAGGAGGAAUACGAUGAAAAUGGGAAUCAUUACGGCCAUGAUGACCAAGCCAAUCACGAGGGUUAUUACGAAGGUGAAGCCGAUCCCAAUUAUGAAGGUCAUUGGGAAGGCCAGGCUGCUCGUUACUAUGAAGGUCAUUAUGCUGGCGAAGCUGAAGGAGAUCAGAUCAAUUAUGACGAUGCCCCUGAACCCGAACACGCUACCUUUGAUGACCUACCUUCGAUUCCCGCUGACAUGAGUUCUGUUCCUGAUUUGACUGAGAGCGAAGCGGGGGUCGGCGCAAUCAUUGCAUUCCGGCAGCUAGACAUGUCCAAGGCCACGAACUGGCAGCCUCAGAUGUCUGAGUACCGAGUAGCCGAAGUACGCUCUGUUAAAGACAAAGGAGUGAUAAAUGUGCUACUGGCCAAGCGAGACCGAAAGCCCCCAUCGGCAUCCAAUGACUAUGAUGAACCCCGUCCAUUCAGCAAGUUUGAAAUACCAGACCUAGCCAACGACGAGGGAGAGGAUGACGGCUAUCGCGAGCUUGCAUUUGCAGAACUCAGCGAUCCGAAGCUUAUCCGACCCGCAGCACAGUCAGGUGUGGAAUUUGCGGACCAGAACAAUACUCGAGAAGGUAGCAUUGUCUCUGUAGUUCAAGAAUCCGUACCGAACGCUCAGCCAGCCCUUCCUGAGGAAAUGCACCUUGACGACACAACUUUUGUCACCAUCGGAAAUGAGGUUAGCCGCCUUGGGUCCCCUCGCGAAUCCCCAGGAAUGCCCGAUGAACCUAUCCAACAAACCCCUGGCAGAGGCGUGCCGCAGAUCCAAGUCCAGAGUGGAUCUAAUGAACGCAGUAUUACUCCCCCCAUACCCUCACCUUCUUUCACUGGAUUCCAUUCUGCUCGUUCCUGGCAGCAAAUGACCCCUGGUGUUGAGCUGAGUCGCGAGCUUGAAGGUCAUACCCUCAUCGGAGGAGACACGCCAUCUGGUCUAGUCAGUCGGGACGAGGAUCCUUCUGUGUUGUCAUACGCUUCUGCAAAUCAAUCGUUCGCGGAUGAUCAUGAGGACCAAGAAACGUCUGAACAUCAAGAACAGGAGCGCCAGGUUGUUGACGAAAAUCUCGUGCCGCCUGGCGAUCCCGGGACAAGCGGCCCUCAGUCUGGUUCGCUUUUGUCCACCAUUGAUCGCAAUGGUAAUGACGGUGCGUCUGAUUCUGGUCCGCUGUUUGUGGAAAGAGAUACGAAGAUAGACAAGUCCAGUGCGGCUCCGAACAGCUCUUCCGAAUCGUGGAGAGAUCUUUUAGACAGAUUAAGAAAUGGACCAUCAGAGCCAGGCGACUCACUCGUUACCAGCGAAGUCGACCACAGUGAAGACAACAACGGUGAAGACAACAAUGGUGAAGACAACAACAGUGAGGACAACAACAGUGAAGGCGACAACAGCGACGGCAACAACAGCGACGGCGACAACAGCGACGGCAACAACAGCGACGGCGACAACAGCGACGGCAACAACAGCGACGGCGACAACAGCGACGGCGACAACAGCGAAGCCAACAACAGCGAAGGCAAUCAGGGUCCCGAGCGGUUGGAAGACAGUCUGCAGCACUCUUACCUGGACCUCAAUUUCUCGGCGCUUGACUCCCCACGGGCAUCCAACUCGCGCUCUCCCAACCCACCAAUGAGUGCCCAGCAGGAUGCCCAGUCUCAAAAACAAACCUCAUUCCCUUCACCAUUCGAAACGGAAUCUCCCGCCGCAUCUACUCGCUCCAAACUCUCCCAGCGGGUGCGUGAAUCCGAAUCCGCCUCCCAAAUCCCCGCCUCCCAGGCAUCCGAAAUGAUUGAUCUCACCUCCAGCCCGCGUGAAUCACCUGAACCUAGCACCUCCAAUCCGAACCCAUCCCAGCGCUCCAAAUCUGCAGUGUAUGGGAAGUCACAGGACAUUCCUCGCUCGUCUGAACGUCCACCCCGAGCUUCUACGGGAAAGCUCCAACACGUGGUGGAGGUGAGUAUUAGUCCUCCCAGCCAGAAGAAGAAGAGGCGCUCGUCACGGAAGUUCUGA